GUUGAUUGACCAUUUUCCUUGCACCCGAAGCAUCGUCCAUUGCGCGUCCACCUUCCAACUAGCAUUGGUAUGUCUUCUAAUGAAGAUAUGUUCGACGAUGGGGAGUUGUCAGUGGAAUAUUCGUCAGAUGAUAACACUGAACCUGAUGUGGACUUGGAAAAUCAAUACUAUACCGCGAAAUCAAGGAAGGAUGACACUCCUCGUCUCGCUUUGCAGGAGUUUCAAAAGGUGUUGGACAUCGAAUCCAGCGGCGUAAAAGGUGACUGGGGCUUCCGUGCCUUGAAGCAAAUGACGAAAAUUAACUUCAAACUGGGGGAUUUUACAGCGAUGAUGGAGAAUUACAAACUGUUGCUUACGUACAUUAAAACUGCGGUUACACGAAAUUACUCGGAAAAAUCUAUCAACUCUAUUCUCGAUUACGUGUCUACUUCCAAGCAAAUGAGCUUGUUGCAGAAUUUUUACACUACGACAUUAGAUGCUCUUCGUGAGUCUAAGAACGAGCGGUUGUGGUUCAAAACGAACACUAAACUGGGUAAACUGUAUUUGGAACUUGGUGAUUACCUACAGCUGCAACGGAUAGUCAAGGAGCUCCGUGAAUCUUGUCAAACAAACGAAGGUGAAGAUGAUCUUAAAAAAGGCACGCAGCUUUUGGAGAUAUAUGCCCUGGAGAUACAAAUGUAUACUGCUCAAAAGAACAACAAAAAGCUAAAGGCUUUAUAUGAACAAUCACUUCACAUCAAAUCUGCCAUACCUCACCCUCUUAUUAUGGGGAUAAUUCGAGAAUGUGGUGGAAAAAUGCAUUUGAGGGAAGGCGAAUUCGAGAAGUCACACACAGAUUUCUUUGAAGCAUUCAAGAACUAUGACGAAUCAGGUUGCGCUCGUCGAACACAGUGCCUCAAGUAUCUUGUGCUCGCGAAUAUGCUGAUGAAAUCUGGAAUCAACCCUUUCGACUCUCAGGAAACAAAGCCGUACAGGAACGAUCCACAGAUAAUGGCGAUGACCAGCCUUGUGACAGCGUACCAAAAUAAUGACAUUACAGAAUUCGAAAAUAUACUUCGGAGGGAGCGGGACUCAAUCAUGGAGGAUCCUUUUAUUCGUGAACACAUCGAGGAGCUACUACGAAACAUACGAACAGAGGUUUUGAUCAAGCUAAUUCGACCGUACACACGCAUUCGUAUUCCAUUUAUUUCACAGCAACUCAAUCUCAGCGAGGCUGAGGUGGAGAGUCUCUUGGUGGCUUGCAUCUUAGACAACACAAUUCAGGCGCGUAUUGAUCAAGAACAGCAAAUCCUGGUCAUGAGUCCCGAAGCCACCUCUGAGGCGCGCUACCAAGCACUGGACAAACUGGCUCUGCGAUUGCGCCAUCUUCAGACGGCUAUUAGCAGUCGAUUGCCUAUCCUUGCCUGACUUUCCUAGUGUGUAUGAUAUCUCUGGUUCAUUGGACAAGACUUUUUCCUACACGGUUGGUGCUGUCAGGAAUCAGUCGCGGUUUUGCGUUCAAAUUUGGCUUGCCCACGAUGUUUCGAAUGCCUUUUCCAUCUUUCUCAUGCCAUAAUAUCACAGGAUUCCAAAUUACGGGACCAAGAUGAACCUCGGUGAUGCUAUUCUGAUUGCUUUUACCUUAUAACAGUUGUAUUAAAACUCUCAAGUAAACUUGAUCGUAACCUAGCAUCAUUCCGUGGACAUCACGAUAUUCUAGAGAUGGUCUACUAUAUUUGAAUGAACAAAUACAAAACCUGCCAUUCCGCACUUUA